AUGAAUACUGCCGAAUUUGAUUAUGACACAUUUCUUGAUGGUUUAGAAAGUGUUGAUAGACUUUCUAAUAAUACAAUAUCACCAAGAACAACAUCAUCAACUGAAAAUGAUUCCGAUUAUGGAAUAGCACAUACACCUAUGCUGUCUACUGGAUUAGAUAAUACAGUUAUUAAUCUUGAUGAUCUUGAUAUAUUUCCAUUAAACAUGGAAAGUCCAUUAUCAGAUGAUCAAAAUGGUGAAUUCAAUCAUUUCUCAGCUCUAUUUGAUGAAACAAAUCCAUUAAUGUCUCCUGAUAAUUCAACUUUUGAAAAUUUAUUUUCUAAUUUUGAUUUACCAGUAGAGCAAAAUCAAGAAAAAUUACAACAAACGCCAUCAUCUCAAUUACCAAUUAUUUUACCAAAACUAUCUGAUAUUCCUCCAAUUCAAAAUUGUAUUAAACUUCAAUCAUAUACAAAUACAACAUCUACUGGACCAAAAUUUAUUAAACUUGAACCAAAUAAUCCAAAUAUAAGAAUAAUAAAUCCAUCAAGAUCAAUUUCAUUUGCUAAUCUACCAGUUAUCAAAAUGCCUUUAGCAACAAAUGAUUUAUUAGUUAAACAAAAUGAUAGAAUAACAACUCCACCAAUAAAACGACGUCGUUCGGAUAGUCCAACAAAUAAUGAUAAUAUAUAUCAAAAAUCAACAUUGACACUUGAUCAACUUAAACUUCAAUAUCGAAAUAUGACUGAAGAAGCUUUGAAAAAACAUCUUCGAAUGAUUAAAAAUCGAGAAUCAGCAUCACUUUCACGUAAACGACGAAAAGACUUAAUGGAAAAUCUUGAUGUUCAAGUUAAACAAUUAAAAGAUGAAAAUGAAGAAUUAAAAAGACAAAAUUCAAAAUUAUUAACUCGUAUUCAUACAUUAGAAAUGGAGAAUGAAAUUUUAAAAAAAUAUAAAAUUCCAAAUAGUCCAAUAACAACACGAACACAAAAACCUCUUAUACUUAUGGGUAUUCUUCUAUUAGUUGUUUUUAAUGUAUUUACAUUAAAAUCUCUUUCACCUAUUUCAAAUCAAUCAUCAAAUCCUCUUGAUUUAUAUAAUAACGAAGGAGCAAUUGUUCCUAGUCGAACAAUUCUUAGUCAUCAUCGUACUAAUAAUGAUAAAUCCUAUAUAAACAGUAAUGAACAUGAUUAUGGACCAGAUGGAACUCAAAAUUAUAAUGAUUAUCCAUCAGUUAUACCAAAUUAUCCUUAUAUACAAUGUGUUGCUUAUAUUAAUAAAACACAUUCACAAAGAAUUAAUCGAGAUCUUCAUUCUUGGGUUCAAGAUCAUAAUGAAAAAAGUGCAAAGAGUGAAUCAGUAAUAAUACCUGAUCCAAAAUCUCUUAGUUUGCCAUCAAAUGAAAUUGUUCGAAGUAAAAGUGAUUCAUCAAUUGAACCUUUACAACAUAUUUCACGAAAAGUUGCACGAGAAACAAAAUAUCAAUCGGAAAGUAAAGGUCAUAUUCAGCCAUAUAAAACGUAUGAAGCUAAUUAUGAUGAUUUUAUUGAAACACUCGAUAGAAAAAAUGAUACACUUUAUUUUGUAUCAUUUAAACGAGAUCAUCUUAUAAUUCCGGCAAAAGUACAAAAUCAAACUCAACGACCAAAAAUGUCUCUUAUAUUACCAGCAUCAAUGGCUAAUUUAAAUAAAUCAUUAAAUGUACCAAAAAAUCAUGUUCCAAUGAUAAAAAUUGAUUGUGAAGUUGAAGAUACAAAACUUGUUUUUGUUAAACAUAAUCAUAUACCAUCAUCAUAUCGAAACGAUUUAUUUCAAUAUUAUUCAUCGACAUCACAAUCUUCAUUAUAA